CUUUUCUUUUCUUUUUCCUUUUCUUUUCUUUUUCCUUUUCCUUUUCCUUUUCCUUAUUGAUUUCUAUUUAGAGAGCAAGAAGAAUUUUAUUAAUUGUCUACUUUUCUCUUCCAGUUUAAUCAAAUUUAAUUUAAUUCGGCUCUUUUAAUUGUAUUUUGCCAGAUUUACUCUUCAAUAUGUAUAGGUCAACGGCAUUAAUUAGGAAAAACGGAUUGAAAGCUGAUGGUAAUAUUCUCAAAUCACUUGUCAUGAAAAAUAAUAAGAUAAGGUUUAUUUCUACUACUCAAAAGAACUCGAACUUGACGACUACAACUCUUCUGUCAAAUUCCAAUCCAGGCUCAUCAAGCCCUAACUUGAACAAUGACAACAACAAAUUGUCAACUAAUAUUGAAUUUUUGGACACAUUAAACAAACAAGAAUUAUUUCAGUUGUCAUGCAUUGGAAUAGCCACUUUAAACAAAUUUGUUUUGAACAGUGUCAUAAAAUUAUUCCCAUACAUACCCAUGAAAGUGAUUAAAGGAUUAGUUUACCAGUAUUACUGUGGUGGUGAAACCUUUAACGAUGUUGUUGAAACUGGAAAAAGAUUGUCUGAAAGAGGUAUUGAUAAUAUGAUGAUAUCCUUAACGAUUGAAGAUUGUAAUGGAGAGAAAAACAUUGAUAUUGAUUAUAUUGUUGAUGAGUCCAUCAAGUCAAUUGAUCAUAUUUUGGUUCCGAAUUUAAUCAAUCAAUCUAAGAACAUUAAUCAAAUCCCACCGGGAUAUAUCGCUUUAAAACCUACAGCAUUAGUUUCGGAUCCCAAAAAUGUUUUGAAAAAUUUCAAUCAUCCAGAUUAUGAAAAACAAAGAAAUGAAUUGAUUGAAAAUUGUUCAAAAAUCAUUGAGCAUGCUUGUAAUAAAAACAUUGAGUUAUCCAAACAGUUUCCAGAUCGAAAAUCGCCAUUUAUAAUUGUGGUGAUUGACGCAGAAUCAUUUGAGUUGCAGCAAAAUGUCUACAUUUUGCAAAGAAUUUUGUCGGAACGAUUUAAUAAAGAUGAACAUGAAUUUAUAUCAGUUGUUGGAACUAUUCAAAUGUAUCUAAAGCAAUCGUAUGACAUGAUUUUGAAAGAAUUGGAAUUGGCUUCGAAAAACAAUUACAAAAUCGGUUUGAAAUUAGUUAGAGGUGCAUAUCUUCACACUGAGCCUAAUAGAGCGCAAGUUAUUCACGAUACUAAAGAAGAUACUGAUAGCAACUAUAACAAGGGGAUUUCAUUUAUUAUUAAUGAAAUUAUCAAAAAGGGCAACAACUCCACUUGUUCACAUUUAGUGGUUGCCUCUCACAACGACCAAUCUUUGGUUAAGACCACUAAUCUUUUAAAGAAGAACUCUUCAUUGAAUUCAAAUAAUAUUGUUUUGGGCCAAUUAUUAGGCAUGGCGGAUGAUAUUGGGUUUAAAUUGAUCAAUGAAAUGAAUGCUAAAAACAUUAUUAAGUAUGUGCCUUGGGGUCCUCCUUUUGAAACCAAAGAGUAUUUAAAACGAAGAUUAGAGGAAAACGGUGAUUCCUUAACUUCAAGAACAGACACUGGUUUAGGGCUUUUGAAAGGUGUUGUCAAAACAAUAACUAAAAGAUUAUUUUGAUAUCUGUGUCAAUACUAAUUUUCACUUUUAAUUUACAUUUAUAUUUAUAUUUACAUAUAAAUUGUAUUUCAUAUUCAUUCAAAAAUUUACAUGCAUUUUUUUAUAGAGCGUUAGACUAAGCAAUAAACAAAAUACAAUAUAAUACUUUUGCG